GAUUGGUUGCCUGACGGUUGGGGUGUACUGACCUUCCCGUGUGGUUCAGAGUACAGAGGGGAGUUCGCUUCAGGACAGUUUAAUAAUAAAGGUGUUUUAAUAACAGCUAAAGGCAUGCAAUAUGAAGGACAAUGGAAGGAAGGGCAUUUCGAGGGACAGGGCACACUCAAACACGCUGAUGGAGCCACCUACGUUGGCACUUUCAAAAGAGAUAUAAAAGACGGAUUGGGCGUUGAGACGUGGACAGACGGAACCGUCUAUGAAGGCGCCUUUAAAAAUGGAGACAAAGAGGGUAAAGGAAAAAUCCGGUUUCCUGAUGGCUCAUCUUAUGAAGGAGACUUCAAAGAAGACCACUUUGAAGGGGAGGGUGUUUAUGUGUGGAAGGAUAAUCGUCGGUACAGUGGAGGCUGGCAUAAUGGUUUGAUGGAGGGGUUUGGGGUGUAUGUGUGGUCAUCGGGGUUUAUAAAGAAAUAUGAAGGCGAAUUUAAACAAGGUGUUAAAGAGGGGUUAUGGAGUGAGGGACAGUUUGUGCGGUGGUUGGAAGCCCCUGCGAAGAUUUCUUUAAAAGAAAAAGAAAGAGACACAGACAAAGACGAAGAAUACGGCACUUCAAUCUUCUCCAACCCGGAUGCAUACACCCAAGCCUAUAAGGCGAAUUCCUUAGAGGAGACAUUGCAGCAGAAGCUGCAGCAGUAG